CCAUUGUUUGUUUGUUUUUUUUUUAACUUUAAUUUUUUUUUAUUAUUUGUAUUAGUCAUUAGAUUGUAAUGGCUUCUUCAUUACGUCCAUUGCGUUCUUUAGCAACCUGUAUGGGGACGCAUCAAUUCAUGCGUCCUGCUGCUAUUAUCCCCAAGACUCGCGUAUCUCCAUUCCAAUAUAGCAAUAGAUUCUAUACCACUACUCCACCUGUCAAAAAUGGUGGCAAAUUUAGCCCUCUUUUGUGGAUUGGUCUUGCUUCACUCGGUGGUGCAUAUUCAUAUUAUCAAAAUCAAAGAGCUAUCAACAUUGAUGCUAGUCUUGAUCAAGAUAAAAAGCCUACUGAACCUAAAAAGGAAUUAAAUACAAACGGACCUUCAACCCCAGCACCUACUAAUAAACCUGACAAUACAAAGAAAACUGCUGCUGAGAAAAAUAUUGAUUACCAACAAGUAUAUAAUGAUAUUGCUGAAUUAUUAGAUUCAAAUCCUGAAUACGAUGAUGGUUCAUAUGGUCCUGUUCUCUUACGUCUUGCUUGGCAUUCAUCCGGUACUUAUAAUGUUAAAGAUGGCUCAGGUGGUAGUAAUGGUGGCACUAUGCGUUUCAAGGCUGAAUCCUCUCAUUCUGCUAAUAAUGGAUUGGAAGUUGCACGUGAUUUACUUGAAAAACAUAUUAAACCAAAAUAUCCUGAAUUAAGUUAUGGUGAUAUGUAUACUCUCGGUGGUGUAGUAGCAGUUCAAGAACUUGGUGGACCUGAUAUCAAAUGGAGACCUGGUCGUAGAGAUCAAGGUGAAAAUAUGUGUACACCUGAUGGUCGUCUUCCUGAUGGAUCUAAAAAGGCUGACCAUGUUCGUGAUAUCUUUUAUCGUAUGGGCUUUAAUGAUCGUGAAAUUGUUGCUUUGACUGGUGGACAUGCUUUGGGUAGAUGUCAUCUUGAUCGUAGUGGUUAUGAAGGACCAUGGCAAGAAGCACCUACUUUCUUUACAAAUGAAUACUAUAGAGCUAUUACUACUCGAGAAUGGGUUAAGAAGGAUCUUCCUAAUGGUAACUGGCAAUGGAGUGAUAAGAAUAAUCCUGAUAUUAUGAUGUUACCUAUUGAAAUUGCUAUGCUUGAAGAUGAAAAACUUAGACCUUAUUUCGAACUUUACGCUAAAGAUGCAGAACAAUUCUUUGAAGAUUUUGCUAAAGCAUUCAAGAAAUUGAUUGAACUCGGUGUCCCUUUUACUGGUGAAGAGAAAGAAUAUGUCUUUAAGAGGGUUAAUGUUUAAACCGUUUCUAUUAAGGAGAUCAAGUGAUAUAAUAAUAUAAUAAAUGCAUUCAAUAAUUUAUGAUAAGGGGUAAAAUGAAAAUCUAACUUUUAAUUGGCUGUAACUCUCAAUACAAGAUAUUAUGCAAAGUAUAACAAUAACUUAUAUUUCUUUAUACUGUCAAAGAGAAUAAUGAAUCUUUAAUAAAUAGUGCAAAACUAUUAGAAAGUAACGUGUAUAUAUAAAUAAGAUAUAUAAACUUGAAAAAAUAAACAAAAAAAAAUAAACAAAAAAAAAAUUAAAAUUAAAUCCUAUUACUUAAUCUUAUAAAAAAAAA